UCGCAUUGCCACAUUCCCCGUUCCCAUUCCCAUUCCAUUCCCUCCCCGUCGUCGCCGCGACAGAUGCGCCGGGCCCCGCGCCCGCUAGCCCGCUAAGCCCGGACACGCGCGCGAGAUCCGCCCGGCCCUCGGCCGGCGACCUCGCCGGAGGCCAUGCCGGUGACGGACUACCAGGGGGCGUCGUCCUCCCCGUCGCCCUUCUCCUUCGGCUCGCUCCUCUCGCUCCGCCGUGACCACACGGCCAUGGCGUCGGGCGAGGAGGCCGACCUCGAGGUCUUCCAGCGCCACCUGGCCGCCAACCUCGGGGACCUGCUGCCCGCGGAGGCGGCCGAGGGAGUGCCCGCGCAGGAGGAGAUCCUCUCCGUCGCCUGGAUCCGCCGCCUCCUCGAGGCCUUCAUCCUCUGCCAGGAGGAGUUCCGGGUCGUGCUGGCGCAGGCGCGCCGCCGCGGGGCGCUGCCGGCCGCGGCCGAGCGCCUCGUCGCCGAGUUCCACGAGAGGGCCGUCAAGGCGCUCGACGUCUGCAACGCGGCCCGCGACGGCGUCGACCAGGUGCGCCGCCUCGAGCGCCUCGCCGACAUCGCCGCCUCCGUGCUCCUCGCGCCCGGGGAGAUCCACGAGGGCCAGCUCCGCCGCGCCCGCAAGGCCGUCUCCGAGCUCUCCGUCCUGCUCGUCGACGACACCACCGCCGCCGCCAGCGGGGGCGUCGCCUCCUUCCUCGCCUCCCACCGCAACCGCUCCUUCGGCCGCGCUCGCGCGUCCCCGUCGCGCGGCUCGGCCACCGGCUCCUCCGCCGCCUCAUCGGCGUCCCAUUUCCGCUCCCUCUCCUGGAGCGUGUCCCGCGCGUGGUCGGCGUCGCGGCAGCUGCAGGCCAUCGGGGCCGGGCUGACCGCGCCGCGCGCCCACGAGGGGGGCCUCGUGGCGCCGGUCUAUGCCAUGGGCUGCAUACUCCACUUCACGGCGUGGGCGCUCGUCGCCGCCGUCCCAUGCCCGGACCGCUCCAGCGCGCUCCUGGCGCACCACCUGCCCGUGGCGCCAGCGCGCGCCGCAUUCCCCUGGGCGCCGCCUCUCCUCACCCUGCAAGAACGCCUGGCCGAGGAGGGGAAGCGCAAGGAGAGGCGCUCUUCCUGCGGCCUGCUCAAGGAAAUCCACGUGCUUGAUAAAGCCACACAGAAGCUCGCUGACGCCAUUGACGCGGCCCCCAUCCCGCUCUUCGGGGACAGGGAGGCCGACCUGCGGGAGGCCGCGGCGGAGCUCUCCGCCGUGUGCGCGGCCAUGAGGGAAGGGCUGGAGCCGCUGGAGAAGCAGGUGCGGGAGGUGUUCCACCGCAUCGUGCGCAGCCGCGUGGAGGGCCUCGAUUCCUCCAUGCACAAUGCUGAUUGAUUCAUCCCAUCUCGCCAUUGAUCGGGCAAUUUGGUGGGUGUAGGUAGCUUUCUUCUUCUUGGUUUGCUUGUUUGUGUUCCAAAUCGUAUUUUUAAGUGCAAAUACGUACGUACGUGCCUUCGUCUUCAUCUUCAUGUAAAGGAAGGGGAUUAGAAAGGGGCCACCAUGAUGUUAAAGAUGGCUGCUUGGUUCUCCCAUGUUAAUUUUUGUUUUCUACCAUGCCUUUUGG